GUAUUUGACUUUUCUUGCCGUGUGGACGUGUUUCUCCGCUUUUUUGAGAGAGAAAAAAUUCAAUCCGCCAUAUUUGUGAUUUACAUACAGAAGAAAAAUAAAAUAGCCACGAGAUAAAAGAAUUUUUCCUAAUUUGUGUUAAAUAAAAAUUUGUCAAAAUUAAUAGCCGCAAGAUGAAUCACAACAAUAAUAACAGUGGUCGCCCACCGCCACGUAUAGAUGGAAUGAUAUCCCUUAAGGUGGAUAAUUUAACAUAUCGUACUACACCAGAAGAUUUACGCAGAGUUUUUGAACGCUGCGGUGAUGUUGGAGACAUUUACAUCCCACGCGAUCGUUAUACCCGUGAAAGUCGUGGCUUUGCUUUUGUUAGAUUCUAUGACAAACGUGAUGCCGAAGAAGCCCUCGAAGCUAUGGAUGGACGUAAAUUAGACGGUAGGGAGUUGCGUGUACAAAUGGCACGUUACGGUCGACCAACAUCACCAUCAAAUAACAGACGUAAUAACAAUCGCCGAGGUGGUGGUGGCCGUCGUCGUUCACGUUCUCCCAUGCGUCGUCGUUCACGUAGUCCACGUCGUCGUUCAUAUUCACGUUCACGUUCUCCACAGUCACGUUCACCCGUAAGACGUAAUAAAUUUUCACGCAGUCCCGUAAGACGUUCCCUUAGCCGCAGUGGCAGCCGAAAUGGUUUGGGCGCAAUAGGUAGCAGUGGUGGCGGUGGUGCCGACAGAGGACGCAGUGUCUCCCGUAGUCGUAGUAGAUCUUAAAGAAUAAAACCUUUUUGUUUUUUUUAUUCAACAACUAAACAGGAAAAAGGUUUUAUUACUUAGAUGUGCAAAAAUAAAAGGUCUCUAUUUAAACCGUUAUGGAAAAUGGCUUCUUGGGGACAUGUAUUUUACACUUAUUUUUAACAAUACGUUGCUGUGUCUUAUCAGCAGGCAUUAAAAGCGGUUUGUUGGCUGGUUAAUUUAAGCAGAAAGGCAGUCAUGUCAGGCAGGCUGAAAAGUGUCAAAAAACUAAAAAAAAAAUUUAACCAGUAUUAAAAAAAAUAGUCAUUAUUAACUGUAAUUGAUGAAGUGCAGAGAAAGAGUGUGAGAGAGAUAAAGAGAGAGGGAGUAAGCUGUGUAAAAGCAUGCUGCUUACAAACUAUACUCGUAAGCAACAUAUUCAAGCUGCGUAAACGGUUUUAUUGUUGCUGUGUAGCUGCUGCUGCUGCUGUGACUGCUGUUUUUUUUUGCUACUUUUGCAUAACAUAAUCUAAAAGCUGUUAGAUAGAUAAACACUUUUGGAGCGGUUGCUGAUUGAUUAUGUUGUCUGCUGUAACUUGUCUCUAUGUACUACUACUACUAUCACCAACACCCAUCCCUCUUCAGCCUUUUUGUUUCGACUGCAUCAAAAAGGUGAUUUUUAUUAACAAUUCUUUAACAAACUAACGUAAACGAAAAUUUGUAGAACUUGUCCAACUCAAGAACAAACAAAAAAAAAAAUUAUAAAAAGCAAGCAGCAUACGGCGCAGAAGUAGUCAGUCAGCAGUACUCGCUCGGUGUAUUUAUUAUAGUUUUAAAUCGAAAGCAUAAGCAGCACACUUUGCAUUCGUCUUAAUUUUUGUAACAGAACACAUGCCACCCCAGUUAUUUUUCUCAUACAUCCUGUUGCGUGCGUGAUAGAGCUGUGCUGUGUAAAAAACAAAAAAAAAACUUUUCGUGCGUUUCAUCGUACUUCUAACAUGUGCACAACACAGAUCUAGUGGUGUUGCUGAUAAUAUGAUGGUUCAUGGUGUUGGGAGUUGUGAUCUCUCUGUGUGUGUGUUUAAUCUUAGCUAGAGUUUGCGGUGAUUUCAUCAUUUACUAUAACAGAUAAAGGCAGGUUUCCAGUUUUCUAAAAGUAUUUCAUAGUGUGUCCUCUUCUUCAACGAGACCUUAGGAAAGACAAAUUAUAUAUAAGAGCACAUCCUAGUUUGCAGUAUAUGUAUGAUCGGUUGGUUGGUUGGUGUUUAGUAGCUGUUCGUUUUCGAUCGUUUUGUUUUUUUAUCACAAAAAAAUGUUAAUAUAGCACAGGUUUAUGUGGCAAAGUGGACUGACCUUGCAUUAGGACUACAACAUCUACUGCUACAUUAAAGCUGGUCGUUUAUUAAACAACAUUGGGGCUACUGGAAUAGUUGGGAUAAUUAUGUAAGUAUUAAUGGCAUUUUUAUUUACUAAUAAGAUUUUUUUCAGGUUUUUAAAAUUUUAUAUAUUUUUUAAUAAAAAAAAAUCAAUAAAAUUUUUUAAAACAUUGCAUUAAACAAAA